GUUCAUGUAUCAAAUUAAGCUCAGUUACAUUUCGACUUCAAUUAUUUUUCUUCUACCUUGAUAAAAAGGAUUGGCUCCUCCAGCACCACAGCUAGGCUUCCAAUGGCUUCUUGUGUUGUCAAUUUUGUCUUCCUCUCUUCUCUGCUUCUGUUUUUCCACACUGUUUCUUCACAAAAUCUGUACCUUAGAAGACAAGCUACAAUCCUGGUUUCUCUCAAGCAGGAUUUCAUAUCACCCACUCCUUCACUCAACACCUGGAAUGUGUCAAACUACUUGACCCUUUGUUCUUGGACUGGCAUCAUAUGUGAUCCCAUAAAUAGAUCAGUAGUUUUCCUUGAUAUUUCCAAUUCUAACAUUUCGGGUUCUCUUUCGCCUGUAAUUACCCAACUAAGCAGCCUUGUCAAUCUUUCUGUGUCGGGGAACAGCUUGGAUGGUGAGUUUCCUCAAGAGAUUCAUAGGCUAACCAAGCUUCAAGUCCUUAACAUUUCCAACAACAUGUUCAGUGGUGAGAUCAAGUGGGAUUUCUCUCAGAUGACAGAGCUUCAGGUCCUAGAUGCAUAUAACAACAAUUUCAAUGGCUCGGUCCCGUUAGGCGUCACUCAACUCCUCAAACUGAAGCGCUUGAGUUUUGGCGGGAAUUACUUUUCUGGGGAAAUUCCAGCUAGCUAUGGAAGUUUUGAGCAGCUCAAAUAUCUGUCUCUCGCCGGGAAUGAUUUGAGUGGUUCCAUACCUGGUGAGCUUGGUAACCUAACAACCCUGGAGGAACUCUACUUGGGCUACUAUAAUGAGUUUGAAGGUGGGAUCCCUGCUGACUUGGGUAAGCUGAUCAAUCUUGUUCAUCUAGACCUUGCAAACUGUGGCUUGAAAGGUCCAAUUCCUCCGGAGCUGGGCAAUCUGAAGAAACUGGAUACACUCUUCCUGCAAACAAAUGAGCUUACUGGUUCUAUUCCUCCUCAACUUGGAAAUAUGAGCAGCUUGAAAUCGCUUGAUCUUUCCAACAAUAUGCUAACGGGAGAUAUCCCUCUUGAGCUCUCAGGGCUGCAUGAACUAAUCCUCUUGAACUUAUUCGUUAACAGGUUUCAUGGAGAGAUACCUGGGUUUAUUGCAGAGCUACCCAAGUUGGAAGUCCUGAAUCUGUGGCAGAAUAACUUCACAGGGUCCACUCCAGAGAAGCUUGGAGCAAACGGCAGACUACUUGAGCUUGAUCUUUCAACCAAUAAGCUCACUGGUUUAGUCCCCAAGUCUCUUUGCUUCGGAAGAAGGCUGCAAAUUCUAAUCCUGUUCAACAAUUUUCUGUUUGGUCCUCUGCCUGAGGACCUCGGAAAAUGUCAGACCCUUUCAAGAGUACGAAUGGGGCAGAAUUAUUUAACAGGAUCAUUACCAGACGGGUUUCUGCACUUACCAGAGCUCUCACUGAUGGAGCUACAGAAUAAUUAUAUUAGCGGCAGAAUCCCAGAAGACACAGGUAAGGUACCCUCCAAACUUAAUGAGCUAAAUUUGUCCAACAAUCGGUUUUCUGGGUCAAUUCCAGCUUCCAUUGGAAAUUUCUCUAGCUUGCAUAUUCUUCUGCUAAGUUCAAACAGACUCUCAGGGGAAAUUCCACCUGAAAUUGGUCGUUUGAAUAACGUGCUGAAGUUGGAUAUGAGUCGAAAUAACUUGUCUGGCACCAUUCCUUCUGAGUUAGGCAACUGUCUGUCACUAACUUACCUGGAUUUGAGCCAAAACCAAUUCACAGGUCCAAUCCCAGUUCAGAUUGCUCAAAUUCACAUAUUGAAUUACCUAAAUGUUUCUUGGAACCACUUGAACCAAAGCCUCCCAAGGGAAAUUGGCUCCAUAAAAAGCCUAACUUCUGCUGAUUUUUCUCAUAAUAACCUCUCUGGUUCCAUACCUGAAUUUGGGCAAUAUUCGUUCUUUAACUCAACUUCCUUUGUUGGCAACCCUCAGCUCUGUGGAGCAUACCUGAAUGCAUGCAACUAUUCAUCCACCAGUCCAUUAGAAUUACAUGACCAAAGUGGUGGCAGGUCUCAAGUCCCUGCAAAAUUUAAGCUACUUUUUGCUUUGGGACUUCUGUUUUGUUCCUUGGUAUUUGCUGUUUUAGCAAUCAUCAAGACCCGUAAGGGACGAAGACAUUCCCAUUCGUGGAAGCUUACUGCAUUUCAAAAGCUGGAGUUUGGAAGUGUAGAUGUUUUGGAGUGUGUCAAGGAAAACAAUGUGAUAGGGAGAGGUGGAGCUGGCAUUGUCUACAGAGGAGUAAUGCCUAACGGAGAACAAGUAGCCGUGAAAAAAUUGUUAGGCAUAAGCAAAGGUUCUUCUCAUGAUAAUGGUCUCUCAGCAGAAAUAAGGACCCUAGGGAAGAUCAGGCAUAGGAAUAUUGUCCGACUGAUCGCAUUUUGUUCUAAUAAAGAGACUAAUUUGCUUGUCUAUGAGUACAUGCCAAAUGGAAGCUUAGGUGAAGUUCUUCAUGGGAAGAGAGGUGGAUAUCUUGGGUGGAAAACAAGGCUGAAGAUAGCCAUAGAAGCUGCAAAAGGCCUGUGUUACCUGCACCAUGACUGUUCUCCUCUAAUACUCCACCGAGAUGUGAAGUCCAACAACAUUUUACUCAACUCUGAUUAUGAGGCUCAUGUAGCAGAUUUUGGGCUGGCCAAGUUCUUGCAGGACACUGGAACUUCAGAGUGCAUGUCUGCAAUUGCUGGCUCUUAUGGCUACAUUGCUCCAGAGUAUGCUUACACCUUGAAAGUUGAUCAGAAGAGUGAUGUAUACAGCUUUGGAGUAGUGCUGUUGGAGCUGAUAACGGGGCGGAGGCCAGUUGGUGAUUUUGGAGAAGAAGGCUUGGACAUUGUUCAGUGGAGCAAGAUUCAGACUAAAUCCAACAAAGAAGAGGUAGCGAAGAUAUUGGACAAGAGGCUGUGUGGCAUUCCAUUAGAAGAAGCAAUGCAGGUUUUCUUUGUUGCAAUGUUGUGCGUUCAAGAACACAGCGUGGAACGACCUACCAUGAGAGAUGUCGUGCAAAUGCUAGCUCAAGCUACACUAACAGAUACGUUUCACAUACAAUGAUCAUGUGGGAUAAGUUUAGCAUUAAGGCCAGCUGUUUGUGUAUACAAGGUUUUUUUGGUGCUUCCCUUUUUUUUUCGCCCUUUUUGUUUGUGUAAGAGGGAGAGGUGUCCUUGACGUUUGAUAAAUAGCAAAGCUUGAAACAGCAGCAAAGUACAUGUACUGCUAGUGUAUGUCAUGGUCAUGUUGGCUCCGUUAUUAUGUCAUGAUUAACUUGGAAUAUAUGGUAUGAUGAGAUGAUGUCAAGUUUCUUUG